AAGAUUACCAUUUUACUUUUUCCCAUAUAUAUUUCAGUAGUUUAAUAACAAUAUAUAUGGAAUAUGUUUGAUUUGUUUGUAGGAUGCUGAUCUUUCCACAGAAUUACUGGAGAGAUAUUUUGAUGAAAUUUAUGACAUAAUUGCAAAGGUACAUGAAUAUGCAACCACAGAGGAACGUGACACUGGACCAGAAAAGACAGAAGUAAAAGCUUCAAAUAAUGCAUACAUUCUGAAUAUCGCAGCAACUGCUGAGUCAAAAGAAGAUAUUUUGGUUAUGGUCAUGAACCUUGUGCUUAGCCAUCCCACUGUUAAGACAUGGUUUCUUAAACCAGCAGUGCAUCAUUCUCACAAAGAUGACCAGAAGAGGAUCGCAGUCAUGAUGACAUCUUUCACCUGCAAGACACUGGCAAUGAUUGCAGAAUUUGAGGAAAGAUUUACAGAGCGUCUCAAAGAACAGCUUGACAUGUAUAUUCAGGAAUUGGCGAUCUGUAUAUGUAGUGAAAAAGAAAACUUGGGCAGAUCAAGUACAAGUACCAUGUAUAAUCAUUUGCCAAGUUUGCUGAAGUUUUUUUCUUUCUCCCAACAAGGCAUGAUACUCGAUGCAAUACUGGGUCAGAAAAAGAAAUCCGAGGAAACUAGAGGAAAGCAUGUGGACCUUGUUAGCCAUAUUAUAGCUCAUUUGUCAUCAACUUCUUCUGACCCAUCAGCCCUUCAUUUGACCAUUCAAAGUGUGUCAACACUGCUGAACAUGGCCAUUGCCAAAAACAGUGUCAAAUUUGACCAAACACUGUUGAAGUUCUUGCAAGCAUUUCCUCAGUAUACUGUCUGUGCUUCAGAUAGCUUUGUAGAAUAUUGUUUUCAUGAACCAACUUGCACAAGAGUCGAUAUGAUUUACUGUCUUAUAACUGGAAGUAAUGAGGCAAGGAGAAUGUUUAUUGACUGUUGCAAGAGAAACAAGAAAGUCAAAAAGAUGAAACAGCUUUUUGUGAAAGUUAUGGAUUUUUUACUUUUUAUGGAAUCUGAGUUUGAAGACUUCAUUAAGGAUCUUUAUCUGCCAGAGUUUGAAUCAUGGCUAUUUGAUAGUGAUCAGGAGCAAGAUGAGACAAAGUACAAAGUGCAGAUGAUGAUAAAGUUGGUGCAUUUACUUAACCAAGAAGAGGCAGACCAAUUAGUAGAAAAACUAAGGCAGAUUCAGUGCUUGUCCUCUGUACAGAUAAUGGUGUUUCACAGCCUUGUGAAAUGGAGUUCUGCAUAUGAAAAUUUGAGUCUCAAGUUGAAGUGGCAGCUAGCUUUGGUGGAGAACCUUGUGAAAAGCACAACUCUGGUUUUAAGUCAGAAAAGUGAACAUGAUAACCAGCAAAAAGAGAUGCUAAUAAACAUAUUAUCAUCUAUGAUAAAGGUAUGUCAUAAUGUAAUCUGAAGUAAAAACAGAAAGUUAUAUUCUAUAUUCAAUAUUGCAUAGAUUAAUGUUGAAUAUUGCGUUAUUGAAUUGAAAUUAAAUAAUAAAAAUUCUACAUUGGCAAUAUGACCUGCAAAUCCACUUACAUCUUGAAACCAACUUGAUCAAGUUAAUUAGUUUAUAUCCUAAGUUCUUUUACCAGGUUUCUUUUUGACUUGUGGCUUUGUUUUAAUUUUGAGGGUUGUGUAAGUUGAAUCGUCUGUAGGUUUCUCAUUGUUGGUCAAAAGAUGGGUGUAAUCACCAGAGUUUAUUUCACGCUGCUUGACAUUUUCGUAUAUCUUUUUUGAGUUUUCUGACUGAUCUUUCAGUGGGAUGUUUUCAUAAACUUUUGUGGGUUUUUUCUGAGAAGGCUGUAAGAUCUCAUAAACAGAGCUCUGGGUAUUGUGUUUCGGCGAUUGUUCUUGGAUUGGUGUUUUUUGAGGCCUUUGAAGCUCAGCUUUGUUUUCACAUGGAGGCUGGUCUACCAUCUUGGGAUUUGUUUCAUCAAUUUGCUUGCUUUGCAUAUUUUUCUGGUUUGGGUUUUUCUGUGGUGGUUUCAAUCCUGGAUACUUAUG